UGACAAUAGUUCCUCAACAUAGCCUAUUUAAAAAAUCUUUACAGCUCUCUUUCAAUAACCACUCGGCGUGAAAGGGGGAAAAAAUGUCAUGCUCUGAUCAGGUGUAAACGUAAUAUGAUAAGCCUACCUGAUUACUUAUUAUCCCUUGCAGAAUAGCCUACAGCUGUGUCUGUCUGGAGCUCACUGGUGUGGGAAACUGAGUGCCCAAUAUAUUUUAUAUAAAGUUCUGAUGACGAUAAGAGCUGGGUGGACGAGGUCAGGGAGCAGCGUCGCCUCAUAUAUGAGGAGUGACGGGACCCUGCUUAACCAGGACUCCACCCAGAACCAGGCUCAGGGCAGGAAACGGGGUCAGAAGCCCCGAUUCUUCCAGAUUAAGGUUGAUGAGGAGUUCCGCAGCUUCGGGGACGUGGCCCGCAAGCAGAAGUUGCAGAAGUGAGUAGAGUUUCAUUUUUCUUUUAUCCAGUGAGCUUUUUGCGACGCUCUAGUCUCGGAACAACCUCUGAACCAUAACAUUUUGAAUAGAUGCCACGGAACGUCACAGCACACAAUCUAAAGCAAGCAUGGAGUAGUACUACAGUGAUUGCAUCAAAUGCCAAGCAUUUUCACAUUGUUACUGUCAAUCAGCACAAAUAACCAACCCUCACAUGGACAUGGUAUAUAGAGUAGUCAGUUAUUUUUUUCCCUUACAAUGAUUAGCAGGGAAACACGUGACUGUGUCUUAAGGUGUCUGACUGUGCUGUAUUCUCUGCAGCAGACAGAGACGUAUGGCCUGCCUUGGUCACAGCCUGAGAGAGGCUGUCACAUCCAUCACUGUAUUGACAGGUGGACACAUGCAGCAGGAAAGAUGAGGACACGGGUCAAAUAUAGGAAGGGAAGGGUGUCCCAAGGGUUACCUCCCAUUAUGUAAAACACCCUCUACUUGGUUCUCGUGCUUCAAACUCAUUAAAAAGCUAUUAUUUUAGAGUGAAAUAAGACUAAAUGGUAAAUAGUAGCACAGUAGUUGUAGUGGACCCCACUCUCAACACUUACAAUUUGCAAAGAUUUCAGGGCAAUUACAAAAAACAAGUUAUUGUUGGCAUAAAUGCCUUUUUUAAAUUUAUUUUUACUUUAUUCACUCUACCCCUCUUUGACCUUUGAUCCUCUAAUGAACAAAAAUAUGAAUGCAACAUCCAACAAUUUCAAUGAUUUUACUGAGUUAGUUCAUAUAAGGAAAUCCGUCAAUUGAAGGAAAUUCAUUAGGCCCCAAUCUAUGGAUUUCACAUGACUGGGCAUUGGCACAGCCAUGGGUUGGCCUGGGAGAGAAUAGGGACACCCACUGGGGAGCCAGGCCCACCCACAAUUCAGACAAUGGUCUGUGUAGCCAUGGGUUGUAACAUAGUAACAUAAUUCAACUCAAAAUAUGCUAUUCAAUUCUUUAAAAAAUGUAUUGUAUUAGUCUUAUGUUUCUUAGGACCUUCAUUUACUAAUAUAUCAUGGAUGUAUUUGUCUAGCUCAUAUAAUUAGCCUACCAGAACAUAUCUGACAAUGUUUUGAGUAUCCAAAUACAAGUAGGCAAACUGCUAACUUAUGGCCUAAACUCAACAAAGGCAAGCAUGCGAGGCAUGUGCGUGGUUUAUUUUAGAAUGCAUCGUUUUUAAUUAUAAUGACCCAACCGAAACCGGGCUGACGGGUUAUCCUCUGAUGCAUUUUGGCUCUUUUGAAUUGGAAGAGGUAGAAGGGUUGAAGCUUUACCAUACAUACUAAAUUAGACCAACUAUCAGCAAAGAUGAUUGGAGAUAUGGACUAUCAUGCAAGCAUACAGUCACUGCUCUGCCUGUUCCGUCCUUUCCACCCACCUUGCUCUGCUUUCUCUGCCCGCCCGGAGAAAAGCAGUGGCGGGUCUGACUAUAAACUGACUACAACAACCGGGUCAAAGUCGAAUGCCUCUUGCUCCUUCCCGGCAAAAGCAAUGGCUAUAUAAAAGGUGAAUACCGACAAGAAAUAAGUAAAAUAGGGCUGUUUGAAAGAAACAUUGCCCAAUUUAUUUACAGGCAGAAUACCGGGAGUCCUAUGUGAAAGCAGUAUAGGAAACAGGCGUCUCACCUUCACCCUCAAGAAGGUAAGCCAUGAAAGUGACACCAUUGCAUAAUAAGCCACUGAAAGGGACAAUGUGUGAUUUGUGUACAACAAAUGCUGCCUUCACAGUCCUGUCUUUUCAAGUCUCUUUUAUCCAGAGUCCUUUUCAUUUUCUUCUCACUUGUAGUCCAGUCAGAAUGAUUCAUGAGGAACGUGAGUGUGUGGGUGACCGUGGGUUGGUGAGGUCAACUUUCCAUUUGACUACUGAUUAAUCUGGAUUGCUGCUAAUCCUGGAUCCAGUAACAGUAACAGAGAGCUUGUCAUUGACAUUUUACCUCCAUCAGUCUGUUCUCCCAAACGUAGAUGUUUACACAAAAUACGAACGUACCGGUUAAAGUUGACACUGCAGUGUAGCCACUGUGUAUAAUCUGUAAUGGUGCAUGCAGAAGAGGACCAAUGCCACAGGAAAUGCCGUGUUUUGAUCAUGAUCAUUUUUGACUGUUGUUUAGGCUUUGUGUUAUAACCCCAGAUAAAGGUCGAACUCCCAAAUCAGUCAGCGACUGUUUCUUGUGUCUUGUAUUUGUGUCUUGUAUCAGCCCCCCUCGAAACAUGCUUCAAUUAUCAAUAAGUUGCAUGGAUAUUGCAGUUUUAAAAAACAAUACCAUUGGUUUUGCACGGGACACUGCUGGUGCAAGGCCAAGCUAGGUUUGGGUAAGGCUCCGUCACGUGCAGAGAGACUGAUGAGGGUCUGCUGGGUAAAUCCCCUGGACUACAGCGUGAGCUGGAGGAAGCAGUGCCAAGGUCAACAUUGAUUACAGCGGCGGCAGCAGGCAGAGCGCGAUCACCACGAGGAGAGGAAGACGCUGAGGAGGUCCGCAGGACACCUGUCGAGUGAGAGAGAAUAAUCGCUUUAGGAAAGCGCACACUGGCUGCUCUGCAGGCCCCGGCCUAGAGUCUUACCUGAAAGGCUUCAACUUCACUGGUGAACCACCCUGGCUGCUCUGCACCUGAUUAAACUACUUUGCCAAAUUCCAUCUCUUUCUUGUCCAAUUCUUUUGUGACCAUCUUUAAAUAUUUUCUUCGACCAUGAACACCUUUGCUCCUGAUUUUGCCUUCCUGGAGGAGGGUUUCUGUGCCCGUGACAUUGUUGAGCAAAAAAUCAACGAGACUUCCAUGUCUGAUGAUAAGGAUGCCUUCUACGUGUGCGACUUGGGCGACGUGCUGAAGAAGCACAUGCGAUGGGCACGUGCCAUGCCUCGUGUCACGCCCUUCUAUGCUGUCAAAUGCAACGACAGCCGGGCUGUUGUCACGACCCUGGCCUCCUUGAACGCUGGCUUUGACUGUGCAAGCAAGACUGAGAUCCAGAUCGUUCAGUCUCUGGGUGUGGAUGCUAACAGGAUCAUCUACGCCAAUCCCUGCAAGCAGGUGUCCCAGAUCAAGUAUGCCUCUGCCCACGGAGUGCAGAUGAUGACCUUCGACAGUGAUGUGGAGCUCAUGAAGGUUGCUCGGUACCACGACGAUGCCAAACUUGUACUGCGCAUUGCCACAGAUGAUUCCAAGGCAGUGUGCCGGCUGAGUGUGAAGUUUGGUGCCACCCUGAAGGCCUGUCGGGGUCUCCUGGAGCGGGCUAAGGAGCUGGGCCUGGAUGUUAUCGGGGUCAGCUUCCACGUGGGCAGCGGCUGCACUGACCCAGACACCUACAGCCAGGCCAUCUCUGAUGCACGCUGUGUCUUCGACAUGGGGUCCGAGGUGGGAUUCAACAUGACCCUCCUGGACAUUGGAGGUGGUUUCCCUGGGUCUGAGGACACCAAGCUCAAGUUUGAGGAGAUCACAGCAGUUAUCAACCCAGCGCUGGACAAGUAUUUUCCUGCCGACUCUGGGAUCCGGAUCAUAGCCGAACCAGGCCGCUACUACGUGGCCUCUGCCUACACCCUAGCUGUUAACAUCAUUGCCAAGAAGGUUAUCAUGAACGAGCAGUCUGCCUCUGACGAGGAUGAGGAUUGGACUAGUGACCGGACUCUGAUGUACUAUGUGAACGAUGGGGUCUACGGCUCCUUCAACUGUAUUCUAUAUGACCAUGCUCACCCCCUGCCUACCCUGCACAAGAAGCCAAAACCAGAUGACCGUAUGUACCACUGCAGCAUCUGGGGACCAACCUGCGAUGGCCUGGACCGCAUCGCUGAGAUGUGCACCUUGCCUGACAUGCAGGUGGGGGAGUGGCUGCUGUUUGAGAACAUGGGUGCCUACACCGUGGCUGCGUCCUCUACCUUCAAUGGCUUCCAGAAGCCAGACAUCUAUUACACUAUGUCCCGCACAGCUUGGCAAUGCAUGCAGCAGAUCUGUGCCCAGGGGAUGCCUGUUCCUUUGGAGGAGUUGUCCUGUGUGACAUCCAGCUGUGGCCAUGAGAGCAGCCUGGAGCUGCCCACUGAGCCUUGCCAGACCUGUGUGCUCUAAUCAUAACACCAACAUAAUCUCAUACAUACCCAUCACCACACUGCCACUCUAUGGGCCCAGUAGCCUGUUUUUAAUUUCCUAUUCAUUUUUUUUUACUCGUACUGUUGAAAGGCCGGUUACUUGACUGGAGAAUGAGGGGCAGGUGCACAUAUCUAUCUUUUCUGUAUGACAGACAGAUCUAAUCCUGAGUUGUCCUAUUUUUAUGGGGGUCUGAUUGGCUAAUGCCUAUAUUACCAUGGUUGAAUGUUCAUUUAUUGUAGGGGCCAAAGGAUGCCUUAAUUUGCACUGAGCUAAGUCGCUCUGAAUGAGAGCACUUGUAAAAUGACAAUGUAAAUGUUACAUGGCGGUGUCGUAGGUGUUUUUUUUCUCUCCAGCUCCUAGAAGGCUCCAUUUCAGUUGACUCCACUACCACAUCUCAUGACUCGAAAAGGACUGUUUGAGUGAUGAUUACUUUGCCAGGACAUGGUUCUCCAGAUAUUUAAUUUUCUCUGAAUCCUCUUUCCCACCGACCACUUUCAGUGUAGGGACUCAACAUGCAGACUGUCCCUCCUCCUUUUCUGUAUUUAAUGUUUUUUUGUUGCUGGGUAGCACACCAGUUAAUGAUAAUUAUUCAUGUUUAAGAUGCAUUUUUUUUUAAUGGAUAUGAAAGCGAUGGGAUUGCACAUUUGUAUUGCUUUCCUAUGGAAAUUAUCAAUUUUGUACUAAUUUUUUAAUUAUAUAUAAAUAAAAUGUAGGUGCAGUGCUGAA